AUGAGCGGCUUUCAACUUACUUCAAUGGACGUGAGCGAACUGGAUGAGUAUGUUUCUUUGACUGUUGAUCACGGAGCGUAUAUCCAGAAGGUCGAAGGAUGCCUGGAACUAUACAGUGAUCCCGAAACCCAAGCCUCGUAUCACAAGGUCGCACACAUGGUCAGGGAGAGGUGUCAAGACUUACUCGAAGAGACUGGCACAAAAGGUGUGGUGACUUGCAGAGCCAAAACAUAUGAAUCGUUGAAAGCGAAGCUCAGAAGUAUGGAGCAUCAUACUGAUUUCACGUCUUGGGCGCUUAACAACGAUAUCUUCCAGCACCACGAAAUGGGAGAUCUGGCUGCUGUCCGUAUCGGAUUAUACCUACCUCAGGACGUCAUCAAAAUGGCGAGGGAGUGUCAGCAACGGUUCAAGAUUGCCCAUCUGUUUGGUACUGUUGGCAGUGGCAGAGACGCUACCCGGGGAGACAAGAUGAGCCUUGACAGCCAUGCAAGGGGGCCCUGGCGGUCAAAAGAUCAGCACGGCUCUGAUGAGUACUGGCAACAUUCUGGCUACAGAUCCUGGCAGAUGGUGAUUGAUUGGGAGGGAGGGCUUCGGGUCGAACUACAAAUUGGAACAGUGGUUUCGCAGGCUUGGGCUGAAGUUCAGCACAACGUCAUCUACAAAAAGCCCGACAAUAUGAUGUCAACCCCAACCAUGAAAAGAAUGAUCGAUGCUAUCAACGGCCUGGCAAUGACUACAGAGAUCAUUCUUAGCGAGCUGGAACAAAGCAUCGAGAGCGCAAAGCAGAAGGAACAGCUUCGCCGCUUAACAGAGGAGCGAUUCGAGAACUGA